AUCAUGUUGUGUCAAUGCCUCUAUCUUCACUAUGCCAUAUUGUGUCAAGGCCUCUACCUACACUAUCGUGUUGUGUCAAGGCCUGUAUCCACACUGUAUCAUAUUGUGUCAAUGCCCCUACCAAACUAUGUCGUUAAGGUUUUGUGUUAAGGUUUGUUGCUACACAUGUGGAAUUUAAAACGCAGCCGUGUAUUAAUAUAUCAGUUUAAAUGUAGGGAAGUUUUCGUGUUGACAUGCACGAAACAGGUGUAAAACCCCCUUGUUACCUUUAUACAUUUGUAUAAUUGUGUCGGUGCGACAUGAAACCCAACAAAAAAUACUUGUAUAUUACAUUCUGAUAAUAUUUUUUUUUCUUUUUUCUUUACUUUGGAGGUGUGUUUUAAGAAAUAUUUCUGUUUCACUUUCGGAAAGUGAAAACAGUCCCUUUUGGGUAAUACUUAAUAUAUUUCUGUUUGAUAUUUAGACGUUUGUUUUCAAAUUGUUUGUUGUAUAAGUUUUACUUUAAUAUUUCACUUUUCUAGGCUCAAGCCCCCUCAUCCGUGGUGACAACAGCAACGCACUGAACAAUUUCCUGCAAAUAUUGAGACAAACAAAUACAUUUGAUUACCUCGGGGAUAAUGUAAACCAUCAAGGUUGUCGAAGACACAUCGGACAAUAUGUUCACCGGAAGGGAAUCUAUACGGAUGACAAGAUAUGGGUUCUUGAUUGUUGGGAGCCCACAGAAUGCACUCUUGUAGAAGAAAAGGAACAGAACAGGAACACUUUAAGACUCAUCCAAAGAUCUUCGUUCCCGUUACAAUCCUUAGUAAGCACUCAAGUAAAUACUGUUCUUUUACCCAUCGACGAGCGGAACACAAUCUCUUUCUCGUUUCUGCUGUAUGUUUCGCAAAGAAGUGUGAUAUUUGUAACCUCAUUACUAACGGGAUGCAGUGUUUUUGUUGCUACAUCGAAUAAUAGAAAUUGUAACAUUAUCGUAAUGCAUGCUAACUAUUUCUGCAGGAGUAAUGAACCUGAAGAUGAUGACAAUAAUCACAAGCAGGCAACGUUUGUGAUAGAGCAAGUACAAAGUAUGAACAAACAAUGUAGAUACCAGAUACAACGUAGAUGGUCAAGUGAUCACAAGCGCCCUGAUAUAGAAAGGCACAACUAUCACUACAAUGACAACAUCGUUUAUUACAGAAUAACGGCAGUUAACUGUCUUUAUGGGUAUAAUCUAGGGGGUCAUGGAAGGAGAUGGCAAUUCUGUGUUAAAUAAUUGCAAGAUAGUCCCCGCCAAGAAAUUUGUAACGAGAUUAUUUAGGAAAUAGAUAACUUACCAUGUAGAGAGGUAAUAGUGAUUCUGUAACAAGAACUUCUUUAAACGGUCUAAUGCAUGAAUAAAUAAGCCCAACGUACACAGCUUAAAACUGUAACUACUGAGACACUUUGUUAUAUUUAGCUACCAGUGUUCUUUCUACAUUUUGACAAAAUCAAAAUAUUCUCGCGCCUUAAACAUAGAAAUAGAAGAAAAAGAACCUACACUGAUAAUUUUAUAAAGCUUAAAGUACAUUUGUGCAUAUAUCAUGUGUGAGUAUACAUUUACACAUGAGCGCACAAAAUAUAUAGAUUAGGGAAUAUAUUGAUGCAACUUAGUAUAUUUUUCAUUUGCACUUAAUGUGCACAAAUAGUAGACUUUCGACAGGAAUGGUGCAACCUGGGAAUUUACUUAUCAUUUUAAAGCUAUAAAGUUAUAAAUUCUACGAUCACAAGAUAAAGGAAACAUGGUUGGUAAAGAUAACAAUCUGUUCCAAUGUCCGUUUGAUUUACCCUCUGCAGUGGAAUCUGCGAGAUUAAACCCUGUUAUAGAGAAAUAUGAGCUGGCAUUGUUGAUGUUACUGGGGUUUGCAGGGUUCUCCGUCCUAAUUGGGAUUGCGUACAACAAAAUAAGACAUUACGUGUUUAGAGAUUUCCAUAGUCUCGAUGUGGUAUUUGACGCUGGUGGUCGCGUAAGUGUGAGUCUCACGGCAGUGACUUUGACGUCACAACUUCUUUGGCCAUCAGACAUUCUUCAAAGUCCAACAAUAGCUAACAAGGUAGGGGUAGCAGGGUCAUUAUUUUACACACUGGGUAUCGUGCUUGCUGUGAUUGUGUUCUCUGUCUUGUGUAUACAUCUGAAAACACGAGCUCCUGGAGCAAAAACAUUUCCACAGAUUGCAUAUGCUCGAUUCGGAGGGGGAGUUCAGAUCAUGUUCUGUGUAGUUGCACUUUUUACAAACUUUGGCAUUAUUGCAAACAUAAUUUUUGCAGGUAAAGCAACGAUAGAUGUUCUAGCCAAAGAUACGUCAACGGAGUUCAUCCUAUUCUCUUUGGCUGUUUUAUUUGGCUCCUACUGCCUAAUAGGUGGGCUUGGGACUACUUUCUACAUAUCUUACUUCAACACAGCUCUUAUCUUCAUCAUUACCUCCCUUUUCAUUCUCAAAGUUUCCUAUCUUGUUGAACCGGAAGUUGAAGCGUUCACAUCAGUUAAAAGUCUACACAACACAAUGGCUUGUUUAAAAGGACCUGAAGGAAAUUACGGAAACUCAUUCCUGACAUUUAGAAGUGUUCCUGGCAUGAUCUUUGGGAUAAUAACAUUUCUACUGGCAAUAUCUUUGUCCUUCUGCGAUCAAGCAAACUGGCAGAGCCGAAUUGCUGCCAAGCCACUUGAAGGGAUGUCCGGAUUUCUUAUUGCAGCGUUCUUAUGGGUAGCUAUACCAACGUCCAUUUCAUUUGUGACGUCAAUGGCGUACAAGACUAUGAGUUUCCGUAAUGGAACCAAUCUUCUAACUGAUUUGGAAAUAGACGAAGGGUACAUAACCCCGUACGUAAUACAGACACUGUUAGGAAAAGAAGGCUGUUACGUUUUGUUGACACUUGUAACGAUGACAUUGAUGUCUACCGGUUCUGGAGAGGUCAUGGCUAUAUCUUCAAUCCUUGUUUACGACAUCUUCAAGGUUCACAUUAAGCCGUUCCGAUCAAACACAAAACCAACAGAUUGCGAUCUUUGUGGAAAAUCUAAGAUUCCAGUUUCAUCAGGGAAUAUUCAAACGCAGCUAUGCAAGUGUGUAACGAGUCUCGAAUGUGAUUUGUGCGGACAAGAUGUCAAAGACCGCCUUGCUGGACAUUUGGAGCCAGGUUUCAAGUACAAAUGCCCAAUCCAUGGCAAGUUCCGACAUUACGAGGACCAGCUGCUGCAAUACAAAUCCUGGUGCAUGGUCGGCGUAAUUGCAGCUAUUAUUCCAUAUGGCCUCAUUAUUAUUGAGUCUGGCAUGAAUCUGAACUGGGUCUUUUUCGCCACUCCAGUCUUUACUUGCCCGUUUUUGAUGCCUCUCUACUUUACAAUAAGUUGGACAGGAGCAACGGCCAAAGGCCUCGUGAUUGGUAGUAUAACCGGACUGGUCAGCGCUGUUGUUGGAAUGAUGGCUUGUGGGUCAACAUAUGAGGGAGGGUUAUCCAACUUUUACACAAAUACGACCCAAGAUUAUAGUCUUCUCUUUGGUUUUAUUCCCGGCUUCAUUGUAAGCACAUUGAUAUCUGUAAUUGUGUCUCUCUGUGACAAUAAAUCUAAAGACAAAGUGGUUUUCAAUGAAGAUUUUAUUACUGAACAUUCAGAAGACCAGAUCUGGGACAAGCUCAAGACAAAAUCGAAAGGACCUGAAGUCGAAUGGUUAAAAACGAUGUCCAUAGAUAAUCCUUUAAAUACAUACAGACGUAUUUACAGAAAGGAAUUUGCUGCCAUUAAUGCCGGUAGAAUACUCACACCGCUGCACAUGGAGCAUGUGUUUGGCCGAACCAAAAGAGUCUCUACAAUUGGAGUAAUCAUCAGCUUAGCCAUUUUUCUGUUUAUAAUUCCUUCUGUUGCCGCUAGCCAAGAAAUUCUUACAGAAAACCAACUCCGAAGUUGGCUUUCAGUAUGUCACCAUUGGUGUCUUAUAGCAACGGUCUUUGUCGUAAUUAUCCCACCGAUACAAGAAGGAUUGCAGAUCUGGAGACAAUACAAAAGGAAUAAGCGUUUUAUUGUAAAGCAUUCCUCUGAAAUAAGCUUAACAAUAACGCAACAACAGAAUUAACAAAGUGGUUUAAUUUUAAAGCAGAUAAUAUUUCUAUGAAAAGAUUGGUGACGUGUUUGCCAUUCUUUGUGUAGAAACAUACUAUAAGCUCUCUUUACGCAAGGGAAACAAUCAGUGAAAUUAUUGAGUAAACACCGUUUGUCAAACCUAACCCUGUCUAUGUUAUAUCAGUGCAAUAGAAAGGUAAAAUAUCUGUGUUAAAUGCUAUUCUGGAUAAUGCAGUCAUGCAUCUAAUAAUCCUGAAAUUGAUUUGUUUGAUUUUCUCAUAUUGCUAGAUAUUUUCCUAUACUUUGUCACAUAUAUGUGUAGCAGAGAUCGUUCUCUCGCCAACAGUAGCUUUUCAACAUAUUUUACCCUGUUAAAUUCUGUGGGUGUUUACUUUUUCAAAAACAAUCGUCUGUUUGUUGACAAAUUCAUCACAAAAAAUAUCAAACUUUCUCCAGUGCAUUGACUGAUUUGGUCCUUGUAUAGUUUUCUUUUCAGACUGCUGACUAGUGUAGUGAUUAUGCAUGUUUUUUUUAUGCCUACAGGUAAAAUGUGCAUGGUUUGCAUUUGGUACUAGGUCAAUAGUCACCUAAGCCUACAAUAGGGACUUAGCGGAGUUAUCUCCAAAUUUUUCUAAAUAUUCUACCCGGGAUCUUUUUUCAGCUCAAAUAACUCUUUUUCAAUUCAAUUGUUGUUGUUUUUUUUUUCAAACUAUGUACUUAGACGCCAGUUAGCUACACAUUUAUCUAAAACAUGUUUUUGUUCAACUGCCUACUUUGCGGAUAUUAUGAGAGGUACUUCACCUCGCACUAUAUUCAUUACUCUAAAUAUAUAGCUUUAAUGUGUAAUUUUGUAUUUGCGCGUAUACAUUCUGUCUAUCUGCUAUAUGUUUGAAACAAUCAAGCUGGCUUACGGACGUUUGUUUAUUCUAACUAGUUUCCAGGCCGUGCCUGAAAUAAUGCCCGAAUGGGGAACAUUGGGCAUCCGCUGCCAUUAAAAGCUGGAAAGUCGCCAUACGAUCGUUGUAAUUUACAUUUUGAAAAACACCUGUUGAAGUGCGUAUGCAAUAUUAUCAAUUAUCGCACCGUCGCGUGUUGGUGAGGCGAGAAUUAAAGUGGCGCAAACAGGAUUCUGUAUUAUUGUUAACAAGUUAUUGUGCAUUUGUUUCGUUAUAUAGGAAUCUCAGAACAGUUCAUGGCCGACAGAUUACAGUCAUUGACUUCGACUCAAUGGUUUUGAAACUUGAGAAAAGACAGCUCUACUCAAGUGCCUGCCAGAGCCUUCAAUAAUGCCCAGUGUGGUACCUUAGGUUAUUGCCUUGAUUGGCAAGAUGCCAUAUUCACAGAUGAUGCCAUUGUGACAGAAUCCUCGCCGAUUAGUUAAAUACCACUGUAUAGUAACUACUCUGUUAGCCGUAUGUUUAAAUCCGUCCAACAUGGUCUCUCCCAAACAAAAAAUGCAAAGCAUCACGUAAAUUUUGCUGAUUUCUAUCAUAAACACACACUUUUUGCAUAGAAAUAAUUUAUUACGUUUUCAGUUGUCAUUCUAAGGCCAAAACAGUUGAUACCAAAAGAUCAAGUGAUUAUAAUGUGAAUUACUAAGUGAAAAAAAUGCAGUUUAUGACAUUCUACAUGUAAAAGCGAAAACGAAUUUUUGUAAUGGUAUUGUCUAGAAAAUACGGAAAAGGAAGAAAGAAGAAAAAAACAUGGCCUCUAAACUGAAAUUUUGAUCUUAAUUUAACGGCGUUUCUCGGUUUGGAUACUACUAAUCGAAGAACAGAUGACGGUAUAGAUUUAUAAUAUUAAACGGUCUGAAUGGCGACUAUAUUUGCAUUCAAUGUUGAUAGAACUAGAUACAAUCACAGUUAACUUCUUCACUAACUUCUGCGACGUCAGAGUUAAACUUUUGGUAGUCUUGUUGUUUGUGAAUGACAUAACAUUUUGGGAAAGAAGUAAACUGAAGGUUAAAAAACCAAAUAUCUAAGCUGAAAGGAAGAGCGGGGUAUAAACGAUUCGAGCAUUAACACUAUGACUAGUUUACUAAUGCAUAAGAAAUGCUAAAUAAAGGAUUUAUUUAAAGGAACAGUUUUAAAAUAAAUCAUUAUCUAUCCUCAUAGACAUAUAGAAAUCUGCGUUUUAAUCAUGCGGUAUAAGUACAUUUAAGUGCCGGGUCGGUACAGGCUAUCCAAAUCAUUCGGGUUUUUUUUUUUGGAAACCCUCACUUCCCCU